CUCCGGUGGAUAUCAGUGCUCUUGUUUUGUUCUAGAAAAGCUGCUCUGUGCGUGUGUCUGGGUUUUUUUUUCCUAUCAUUUUGUGGAAUUAAAAAAAGAAGCGUGGAAGAUUUAGUGUCGUCUUUGUGUUGUUUUAUUGUCAACGACAUGAAGAAACGCGGAGUAAAGCAUCCAAAGUGGCUGAAGGACUAAAUAGGGUUGCCUCCUGCUCUCUCUCCACCGCACACCAACACGUUUGGAAGCUGAGCUGCGAUGGCUAAGUGGCUGAAAGACUACCUGAGCUUUGGCAGCAGAAAGGUGCCUCCACAGCCACCCACACCGGACUACACCGAGAGCGAGAUCCUCAAGGCAUACAGACUCCAGAGGGACCUGGACUUCGAGGAUCCCUAUGAGGACUCUGAGAACAGGUCCAGAGGCGAGUCAGGGACUUCUGAACCCGCCACACCAGUGUACGGGUCUCCCAUGAAGUCAUCCGGUGUGGAUGUGAAGUCGCCUAAACAUAGACUGAUCAAAGUGGACUCUCAGGAGCUGGGGCGCACCAAGAUCCUCCUCAGUGCCAUCUCUUUAGAGGACCAGCAAGAACCUGUGGUGCCUUCUGCUCCUCUGGCAGGGGACACAGAUUAUUCUGAUCCAUUCGAUGCUCGAUUGGACCACCGACCAGAGCCAGAUCAUGGACCACUUCCUUGUGAGAACAACGGCUACAUGGAACCGUAUGAAGCCCAGAGGGUCAUAACAGAGCUGCAGCGUGGCCCAGGUGGAGGAGGAGGAGGAGGACGUGUGCGUGGCGGGGUGCAGCUCUACGACACCCCCUACGAAGAUGAGCGAGGCCAGCGCCUGGGCCUGGUUUAUGGAGAACCUCAGGAGGAGGGUAAGGAGAGCAGCAGGCUGCCGCAAGAUGAUGAGAGACCAGCUGACGAGUAUGACCAGCCCUGGGAAUGGAAAAAGGACCACAUCUCCAAAGCGUUUGCAGAAAUGAGGGAGUUGUCGGAGUUGCCCUGGCCUGCCCCAGUGGGUCAGCUGGAGGAGGAGCCCCCCAUCAGAGAGCAAGCGCAGUUUGACGGCGCAGAGUGGGACCGCUCCUCGUCGCCCACAGAACGGUUGCGUCCUCCGGGGCCCAGGUCCAGCCCACUGGCAGGAGGGGGGAUGAAGUUUCGAAUGCCCCAGGAAGGCCAUACGAUGGUGGGGGAGAGAGUGGACCCUACCCUGCCUUUGGAGAAGCAGGUAUGGUACCAUGGAUCACUGUCACGUUCUGAGGCAGAGUCACUGCUAACGCUGUGUAAAGAGUGUAGCUACCUGGUCAGGAACAGUCAGACCAACCGCUCCGACUAUUCCCUGUCCCUACGGAGCUGUCAGGGUUUCAUGCACAUGAAGUUCACUCAGUGUAAAGAUGGCAAGUACGUGCUGGGGCAAAACAGUCCACCCUUUGACACCAUCCCAGAGGUGAUACACUUCUACACUACACACAAACUCCCGAUCCGAGGUGCCGAGCACCUGUCCCUGCUGUUCCCUGUGCUGGUGCAGACACUCUGAGUGACCCAGGUGCUUCUCCUGGACCUCUGGGAUUUCAUUGUGUUCUGACACUUAAAACUUGAAUGUUUGACGGGAUCUUCCCAGCGGAGUGCCAGUGUUCUCUUCUUGUUGGACUGGACGGCUUUUGAUGAUUCAACACACUACCGGGCAAAUGCCCUCACCCACCACUGCUGUUGUACCUGUGCCAAGUGUCUCUAACAUCCGGGGGAUCGAUUCACAUGAAAUGCAAUACCUGAACUUUAGGCCACCUUUGCUAUAACUCCUCACUCUCAUCUCCUUGCUGAACCACAGGGGCUAACAUCAGGAUAUCAUAAAUUCUCCCUUUCCUUAUUGCAUUUCUGUCACAGCUGACUGAAAUGCAGAGUAUGUUAACGGAGCUGUAGAGCUGAUGGGAGAAAGUCUGUAUACUCUGAAUCUAGCUCCAGUUUACAGAAGACCUGCUGAAGAUUGAGAUUAAAUUACUGCUGUUCCACAAAAAAAAAAAAAAAAAACACACACACACCAUCAACACUGGUAAAAUAUUGCUGUUGUUAGGUGAAAACCUUGCAAAUUAUAUUUUACUGACUUUUCAUGUUUAUACCAGAAUCAAUAAAUUGAAUUGUACUGUAUGGGGUGAGAAGCCUUUGUCAUCCUCAGAAAACCCUUUUGUAAAUGUAAAAAAAGGCUAUUUUUGAAGAUAAAAGGUUUCUACCAACAACAGUGAUAUUUCAGAUGCUUUUCUACACAAAGCCACACCCGUUAAUUUUCAUCCAGUCUGUUCUGUGCCAUCAUGCUGCUGUAUGUUGAGGGUUUGCUUGACACAUCUUCAUGUUACUUGUUGAUUGUUCAUCGUAAGAUUGUAACAGAGACGCUGUGUUGUAUUGGUACUUGUGUCGACCUUGCUGACCUGUUAUCUCUUGUUGGUUGCCUACGUCGCUUUUGGUAGACAUUGCUGGGUUUGUUAAAAAAAAAAAAAAAGCAACCUGUCACUGCUGUGAUUGUCUUUUAC